ACUAUAAACGAUGUCACGGUGUAAAAUGUUAACGAUUAAAGAACGCAAACCGGAACAAAUCCGUAAACGGAGACAAAGGAGACUGGUUAUCUGGCUAAGACGAAGGAAACGAAGGAAGUUUGGUCUGUGCGAUGGCUUCGCUGGCUACGUAUGCAGGUGGAUCAGCUAGCUAGCAGCGGAACCGGCGUCUCGGAAAACCUUAGGCGAACGGGAGGUGCCGGAAAGGAUGGAAACACCGCCCGGAAGCUCACACGCCAGACUGCGCACAGAUAAACCAGGGACUUUAUACAGACUGCUGGGACAAAACAAGGCGAAUAAUCAGAGACAGGUGCAGGCAGUGAUAAGAGCGGGGGUUCCUGAGGGAGCUGCAGCAAGACAACAGAAGGAGAACGCCGCCUCAGCAGUAUGAGGAACGGCGCAGCCUUCCUGGAAUUCCUAAUUAAAUAAGAGAUGCAUCGCGGAAAUUUAGCGCGUCCCACUGGAGGCUGCAGAACAUCGUACAGGAGUCCAUGGACAGCUCGGACGAGGAGUUCUUCGAUGCCCGAGCACUCAAGACCCGAGUGUCUCACCGCGCGUGGUCGCGCAGCUGUCGGAGUGCACAUGUUAUGGAGGGGAAGACAGCCAUCCUGCUGGAGAUGAGCCAGUGGAACUCGAACGAUCUGGUGGAGCAAAUUGAGACCCUGGGACACCUGGAGCGCUCACGAGAAAGCCUGUACAGACUGAGACACCCUCGUUGUGCACCACAGAGCAGUGUAGAUGGUCUGGAGGACAUGGAGAGGAAAUGCCGAACGCAGCUGUUGAUCCUGGUUGUUCACGGAGGUCACAUUCUAGACUCUGGAGGUGGUGACGCAGGUGGGAAGGCAGGAGACGCCGCGACGCUGGCGUCGGUGCUGGAGCGGGUGGCACGCGCUCACUUUCAGGAAGCAGCGGACAGUAUGCUAGUGCGCUUGGUGCCCUGCCCUCCCGUGUGUGCUGAAGCCUUUUCGCUCGUCUCUCACUUGAAUCCGUACAGCUACGACGAGAGCUGCGUUUGCAGUAGUGUGGAUCACCUGCCGUUGGCCGCUCUGCCCAUCCUCGCCAUCGCCGCUCCUCAGUACCAGGACGCCGUGGCCGUGGUGAUCGCUCAGGCCAAUCGGGUGUAUCACGACUUCCUCCAGUCACCUGAGGGGCUGGGCUUCACUGGGCAGGUUUGCUUGGUGGCUGACUGUGUUGGCGGAGUGCUGUGUUUCGACGCACUGUGUUUUAGUGGUGACAAGCGGCACGGAAGUCCCACGACGAACACUACAAACUACAGCACUGAGAGCCUCAAGGAGAAGCCAGGAAUGAUGAGCAGUCUGAGUCCCACGCUGAGGAGCAGCAAGCGCUUAAGUAAGAGCAACAUCGACGUUUCAGCACUAUGCCAGUCAGCGCCAGCCCUCUACCGUCCACUCAUUCGCAAGCAGAGCGACUCGUGUGACACGGACAUUGCUGGGAGUCAGAGAGAGGUCUUCUUCAGCAGUCUGUCUCAGGAUGAGCAGAUAAACUCCGCACAGGCUCAGUACCCAGGCUGCUUCGACUUUGAGGUUUCAGACUGCUUUCUGCUGGGCUGCCCACUGGGACUGGUGCUCGCCAUGAGGAGAACCGUGCUGCCGGCUGUUCAGAUUGCCCAGUUGCGUCCAGCCUGCUCGCAAAUCUUCAAUCUAUUCUACCCGUCUGACCCGUCUGCCUCACGUCUGGAGCCCCUGCUGUACCCGCCUCUCACCCAGCUGCCCCCCUUCACUGUGUCACGCUACCAGCGCUACCCAUUGGGCGACGGGCGCUCCACUCUCAUAGCCGACACCGUGGUUAAACAGCCGCUGGAAGGAAGCGCUGAAAUCGUUCCGUCUGCGUGCUGCAAGACGGCGAGUGAUGGAACAUCUUCCGACGCCGGGGCCAAGGACAGUCAGCCAGAGCGUACCAUCUCACAGCUAUGUAGCAGGUGGUGGGGUUUUAAGCGGCUGGACUAUGUGCUCUACUGCCCCGACGUGCUCACCGCGUUCCCCACCGUAGCGCUGCCUCAUCUGUUCCACGCUUCAUACUGGGAGUCUACAGACGCUGUGGCCUUCAUCCUCAGACAGGUGCUGCGCUGUGACUGUUUGAAGGCAGGUGAAGCAGACUGCUGCGACUCGAUGCCCAUCUCCCCGUCCAGCCCUCGAGAGAAGUGGCUCCGCAGAAGAACACACGUCAAACUGCGGAACGUGACGGCUAACCACAGAGUACACGAUGUGAUCGCGACAGAGGACGGGCCUCAGACGCUGGUGGGAAGGUUCAUGUACGGCCCUCUGGACAUGGUCACCCUGACGGGAGAGAAGGUGGAUGUGUUUUUGGCGACGCAGCCCGGAUCAGGACGCUGGGUGCUGUUCGACACCGAGGUAACCACCAGCAGCGGUCGCAUCACCUACACCAUUCCCAAAAACAAGCGACUCUCGGUUGGCGUCUACCCCAUCAAAAUGGUGGUCAAAGGCGACCAGACGAGCGCAGAGGCAUUCCUCACUGUGCUGCCGCGAGGAAUGGAGUGUGUGGUGUUCAGCAUCGACGGCUCCUUCGCUGCCAGCGUCUCACUCAUGGGUAGUGACCCUAAAGUCCGCCCUGGAGCUGUAGAUGUGGUUCGGCACUGGCAGGACCUCGGGUACCUGAUCAUCUACAUCACCGGUCGGCCCGACAUGCAGAAGCAGAGGGUGGUGUCGUGGCUCUCGCAGCACAACUUCCCCCAGGGCAUGGUGUUUUUCUCCGAGGGGCUCGUCCACGACCCCCUGCGCCAGAAAACCAUCUUCCUCAGGGGCCUCAUCAAGGAGUGUCACAUUAAGAUCGGCGCGGCGUACGGCUCUAUGAAGGACAUGUCCGUGUACAGCGCUCUGAGCUUGGAGGCCUCGCAGAUCUACAUCGUGGGAAGACCAUCCAAGAAACACCAGCACCAGUGCCAGUUCCUGAGUGAGGGUUACGCUGCUCACCUCUCAGCUCUGGAGUUCGAGCACGGCUCGCGUCCCAAGAAGAACCGCAUGAUCCUGCGCCAGGGCUCGUUCGGAAUCUCGUCCAAACCCGAUUUCCUGUCUCCGUCGCCCGAUUUCUUGACGUGUAAGCGCACGCCGCUGCUGCGCCGAGCCAUGUCCAUGCAGCAGGCGUCUCCGCCCUCUUCGUCGUCCUCCACGCCCAAACCAGAGCGCGCUCAGAGCCAGCCCGAGAGCCACAGGGACGGCCCCGAGAUCCGCAUCGAACUUGAUGAUGAGGAUCCGGAAGCAGGAGGUUUUACAGCUGUGCUGUGAGGGAAAUGUGAUCGCUUGGUGGGAUUGGGGGGGGGGGGGGGACGGGGACAUGGGAUAUUGUGUUUGUGGUAAGAUGAGCAUUUAUUUUUCAUUUUAAUUGAGGUUAUGGGAAAUGUUGCAUCCUUUUAUCAAACCUUUUAACAUUCAGAGUUUUGUCCACAGAGAAACACUACAUGUCGUUAGCUUCUCUGCCUGCCGGCCGGCCACACUCCCAAAACAACACCACUGGAAGCUUAUCUGUUCGACAGAGACGUCCAGGGAAGCUCCUGUCAGUCGUUAAACCUUUCCUUCGCCGAUGUUUUGCAGCAGUCUGCAGGCGAACAGUAAUGUGUUGCUCAGUGUCGAGCAGCAGGCUACCAUUUAUUACUGCGGACAAGCUGAGAGGCUCAUUUACUUAGAGAGCUCCCGUUCGGUUUGUGCUGACGCACUCGAGCUGCUCUGCGUCACUCUGUCGCUCCACUAGCGUCCGCAUCCUGAAUAAGCCAAUCAGCACCAUAAAGCCAGAAGGUCGUAAGAAAGCGCCUCUCGCUUUCUUUGUGAGCUCUGUUCCGACUGAGGGGAAUGAUUGGCGGUAUUGUCUCUGUUCAAUCUGCCCAGAGUCACUUGGUCUCCCGAGGCUCUGUUGACCACACGGUGGGAUAAUGGCACCUUUAUAUCGGGCAGAUUGAGUUAUUUUCUCACAGCAGCUAUUACGGCACUCUGCUUAUUCUCCAUUCUACAUCACAAUCUAAAGUUUACAUAAAAAAAUUUAUAUAUAUAUAUAUACCUUCGUAUCAGUGAAAAAAAUAAUAGAAGGUUUGUUUAAAAUACUUUAUACAGGCAGGUGGUACUCUGGAAGGAAGUGAAGUCCACAAACAUUUAAAAAAUGACUAUAGAAUCCAUAUACAGCACAUCCUGUAUGUUCCCUAUGGACUUGAUGCCCCACCCCACAAAAAAGUUUUUUUUUUUUUGUCUUUAAUUUUUUAUAUAAAAACGUUAUUUUUUUUGUUGCAUUGUUUAUUGCAAAUUCUUUCUACAGAAUCUCUACUUGGUACAGUGCAUGCGUCCCAGAGCUUAAUGCGUGUCAGGGUUUGUUUAGAGAGAGAAAAAAAAUUAAAUUAAUCGACUCAGUUGUUUUCAUUUGACUCGCCUUUGUAGAGCCAAAGGUGUUUUUAGUAGACAAAUGAAAAAUGAGAAAUAAAAAAAAAGAGGACGAGUAUAGAGGCCAAGUGCCUUUUCUGUACAUGGCUGUGUGUGGAAUCACACGACCAGCUAGCCGAGUCUCUGAAGCGUGUCUGUGGUAGCGUCGCAAUCCGGACGGAACGGUCCAUCGUCGUUGUUGUUGUUGUUGUUUUUGUUUUUUUUCCAGAAAUCCAGAUGCAGACGUACAUUUAAGUCGGAACUCUUAAACGGGGGUCCCAUGGACGUCUCCGUGUUCGUCGUUCGUUAGCAACAAGCUAGCGAGGUCACUGUGCUGAGUGACGUAUAUGUACGUGCUCAGAAACGGCCGAGCGUACGGUCAGCGUCACGGAUGCUUCUAGAUUUGCGUGGUGAUCACCGAUACGCCGAUACACCGGUUCAUUUAAACGCUGUACAUUUAAAGUGCUGCUUUGUGUACUGUUCCUGCUGCGAGCAGCCAUGUCGAUUUGAAUCGUGACGCCGAGGAGACCGUCCCGGAUUCCCGGGUAGGAAUUCCAAGCCGAGGGGGCGUUUUCUUUCGUUUUUUUUUUUUCGCCAGUCGGAGGUCGGAAACGACGAGCGGCGACGUCCAGUCGAACGCGGUGUUCGAUCGCUGACGAACGGCGACAGCGGCAGGGGACGCGAUCGACGGAGAAACCUUCAGACUCGAAAGCGGGAUCAGCGGGAUAAAUCCUCACUCAGUUUUUAGGUGCAAGUCUACAGUGUCGAAUUGAAGUUAAGGAACUGAACUUCAGCGUGUCAACGUGACAAAGUGGUCAGUUCUGAGUUCUGUACAGACUAGUCUUUCGCCGUCAUCGUGUACGUCGUAGGAACGGACAGUAACGCCAGUCAUCGUUCUCUCAUUCAGCACGUGCAUGUUCUCAUUCGUGACCUUGUCCUGAAACGCACAAAAACGACGACAGGACCGAAUCGAAAUCCCCGCCGUUUCGAGUAACACGGGGUCGCGAUUCAGCCGAGGGAGAUAUCUCCGCCGGUCGGGGUGAAGGCGAUGCACGUGAUCGUUGAAACGAACGCAGCAUCGUGACCGACGCGGCGAGGCCGAGAGCCCCUGAGGGCGAUAACGGAGAGCGGGAUGUUUUAUCUGCGUCCGCAGAUCAGAUCGCGAGCUGUGCCUGAGGCUCAUUACGUACGAGGCGUUCAUGUUUUCUGCUGGCUGCAGUCGUGAUCUUUUGUGAAGGUAACUGCGUGCUCGAGCGCCGGCCCCGGCUCUAUUUAUAGCAGCGCGGCAGUGACAGCCCUGUAUUUGUUCCGAUUAUUCGCCGGCCUUGCCGUCCGUCCUCAGUGCUAUUUCAGCCGAGUUUACAAAACCGUCCUUUGUUCCAGAAAAUUCUGAAUCGCCUCCGCGUGUCUCUCACACUCGAAAAACAACAGCAUUGCACAGUGUGUGUUUACAUAUUAGAUGUAUAUAUUAGAUGUACGUGCUGCCGUACACACAGCUGCAGCAUGUAACACGUCCCGAGUCACGCGUGUAUCUGUUACGUGCAGUCGGUACCAACUUGUAGUAAACUGUAGUUUUGCUAGCAGUGAGAGAACGCUGUGUGUGUGUGUGUGUGAGUGUGUGUGUGUCCUGUAACAUAUUGUAUAUAAUUGUAUAGAAUUUAAACGAGCGUGUUGUUGGAAUAUGGUGUCUUUUUGUAAAAGAAAAAAAAAAAAAAAAAAGCAAGCUAUUGAACAUGAAUGAUGUAACAGUGUAAUCUUUAAUAAAGGUCAUGUGGAUUAGAACGUCUGGUCGUUUGUCUGUCUGCAAGUUGUUUUUUUAAGCAGACACACGGUGGGUGGGUUUGCGAAUCUUUCCGGCCUUCCAGAGACGCCGCGAGCGAGCGGAACCGGACACCGCACGGUACGCGACGCCGCUGUUUUUACCCCUCGCUUCUUUCAAAAAUGUCAUCGUCAUUGUUUACGAUAAAAGCGCAUAACCGUUACUGUUAGGAAACGGUGCCGUGCAUAAGUAUUCACCCCCGUUAAACUGUCACACAGGUUGUCGCGUCACAACCUGGAACUGAAACGGAUUUAACCGAGGUCGUAAGUUUACGUACGUCUUGCGGAAGCUGCAAAACGUUCAUCGUUUUUAAAAACUCAUUUCCAAACAUUUUUUUAUUAUUAUUAUUAUUCAGUCCUGCCCUGAAUCAGCUGUUUCACACAACAGACGUUUCCAUAUAAUCCACAUAGAGACACAGUAAUAACUACUACUUCUUUAUUAUUCUUUAACACUUUGCAGAUGUGAAGACGCGCGUAAACUUAUGACUCCGGCUGUAAACAUCUCGUGAUAUUGGAGUGAGGCCUUUCAGGACCAGGCGUAGUUAUAUCGAAAUCACGUGACGCUUUAAUUGUACACGUGUAGACGCCGUUCAGUUUAUGAUGUGCUUUCCGGUUGCAUGAGAAUUAAUUUAAGGGGUUCACACCAACGGGGGUGGGGAACUAUUUUGACAAAUUUAUCCUAUUUUGUGACACAAUCCUAACCGAGUGCAUUUAAGAGGGGUGAAUACUUACGCACAGUAUCUAUUAAUAGAUCGCAGGUUCUCAGAAUGAACGUCGGGUCACGUUAAAAUCAUCAGUAUGGUUAAAGAGCCGAGCGCGAGUCGGUAGCGUUCCCAUCAGGACACACGUCUGAUAGUUUUAUGAGCAGCUGCAGUGAAGAAUAAGUUUGUUUAUGUCUGCGUUGCGUCGCGUGUUCAUCGUUGCAUGUAGACAUUAGGGAUAAUACGAAGAAAUUUAGAUUAUAUCUCUCUUUUCCACAUUGCUCGUACUUUCACUCGGUCA